GGGUACUGGCUCUAAGGUAGGGGGAUGCAGCACCGUUUGUUCAAGAUCAAGCAAGAAUGCUCCCGUCGUUAGCCCAUGGAGCCUUCCCGGGCAACUAUGCGUACUUUCCCCUUCCUUCAAGGUCUCUUCGCACUUUCCGUCAGGACUCAGACAUCUGCAUCUGAGCCUGUAAGGGCACAAUACCUGCAGAUCAACAGCAAGGUACACACUAUCUUAGGAAAGGGGUUGGUAGUAGUCAAGGUAGGAGUGAAGUUGAACGAGAGAUCCAUAGCCGGUGGAGGUACUCCGUAUCACGGUAUGUUGGAAUCCACCAAAAGUCCUUUAGUGUUGGCAUCUUCGCCCGUCAUGCUAUGCAAGAUAACAAGAUACCCUACGUUUGAUUCAGUAUUUCCGAAUCACUCGACACGUCUUGCGAGGAACUCGUACAUUGGCCGAGUGUCUUUUCGCCAGCUCACAUGUACAGUGUUUGAGUGUAUACGUUUUCGCAAAAGCACAGAUAGGUCUGGGAACCGGACUCUUAGUCCUGUUCCCUUCCCGCAGCCAGUGACAGAUGAGGGCUAGACUGUCGAGUACUCUUGAAAGUUGAGACACUGGGCCACUACCGUCGCUGAGUUUUCUUUCUCUGAGCUGUACAUAUCAACAGGCCGUGU